CUAUAUUUUUAUGCUUGUAAAAUCAGCGCUAGGGGGAAAUUUGAUGUAAAAUUCAUUCGCUGAAGUCAUAAAAAUUAAAACUGGAUUCGUGAAAACGUGGAUGUAAGCGUGUCGAAGAAAUAGUUUACGUACGUAACAAUACUUUAGGCUAGCCUUCACUACACGUGUGUGAACAAGUUGGCCGAUUGAGUGACUCACUGACUGGCAUGACAAGAUGGAAUUUCUAACUGGUCAAGUUGAACCUUCGAAAGGAAAUAAAAUCUUAUGCUGUCAGUGUGGAACUGCAAUAGAACCCAAUCCAGCCAACAUGUGCAUUGCUUGUAUUCGAACUCAUGUAGACAUUACUGAAGGAAUUCCAAAACAGGCUACACUCUACUUCUGUAAAAGUUGUGAAAGAUACCUCCAACCUCCUGCUCAGUGGAUUGUUUGUGCUUUGGAGUCAAGGGAACUCCUAGCUUUGUGUCUAAAAAAACUUAAAGGACUUAGUAAGAUCAGAUUAAUUGAUGCUGGAUUUGUUUGGACUGAACCACAUUCCCGUCGAAUCAAAGUGAAACUUACUGUGCAGAAGGAAGUCUUUGGUGGUGCUGUACUUCAACAAGUUUUUGUUGUUGAAUAUACUGUUAACACCCAAAUGUGCCCAGAUUGUCAUCGUAAUGAAGCUAAGGAUUAUUGGAGAGCUGUUGUACAAGUUCGACAGAAGACUGAACACAAGAAGACUUUUUUCUAUUUGGAACAACUCAUUCUCAAGCACAAAGUUCACCAGAAUUGCCUGUAUCUAAAAGCUUCUCAUGAGGGCUUGGACUUCUUCUUUGACAAACGGGAUGAUGCUCGUAAAUUUAUGGAAUUUUUACAGGCGGUGGUGCCAUCUAGGAGUAUCACAUCCCAACAUCUGGUAUCACAUGAUCCACAAAACAACACCUUCAACUACAAGUACACUUUUUCUGUGGAGAUUGUUCCAAUCUGUAAAGAUGAUGUGGUCUGUCUCCCUCUUUCUCUUGCUCGUUCACUUGGUAAUAUUGGGCAGAUCUGUGUUUGUGUUCAAAUAACAAGCACAGUGCACCUUGUGGAUCCUACUACCUUACAAGUGGCAGAGAUCAAUGGCCAGACUUACUGGAGGACCCCUUUCUAUAGCUUAUCUUCAUUGAAGCAGCUCAUAGAAUACACAGUCAUGGAUGUAGAAAUGAUAAUGGAUGCAGAUAAGAAAACUUUUGCUGGUCAGGGACCUCUUUCAACAAAGCACGUCCUGGCAGAUGUUUGGUUGGUUCGCUCAAGCGAGUUGGGGACAGUUAGUGAUCACAUCCAUUGUCGGACACAUCUUGGUCAUAUAUUAAAGCCUGGAGAUGCUGUGCUUGGGUUCGACUUGGCAAAUGCAAACAUCAAUAACCCACACUUUGAGAAAUUAAAAAAUGAUAGGAUUCCAGAUGUGGUAUUAGUAAAAAAGGUAUAUGGGGAUAAAGCUCGUCGUACUCGUAAAAGAAAGUGGAAACUCCAGCGAAUGAACACUGAUAUGGACACGGACACUAGUAGUGUAAAUAGGGACUUCACUGACUUCUUAGAAGACUUGGAGGAAGAUCCUGAAUAUCGCAAAAAUGUCAACAUUUAUGUCGACCGAGAUAAAUUGGCUGUAGAUAGUGAUGACAUGGAUGAUGAAGGAAUGCCUCAGAUUACCUUGCAGGAAAUGUUGGAUGAUCUUAGUCUAGCAAUAGAUGCUACAGGAAAUGAUGGAGAUGCAAUGAUUGGAUAAAUUUGAAAAAAGAAAAGUUUUUCUUUACAGACAUGUUAAGCAAAACUUGAUGACUUAUUGGGGAAAUAAAAAAUAUAUUAAACAUUGA